GCUUACAGUGCUACCAACUUUCAGGAACAAAUUGAAAUACACGUGUUGUGUUGAUAUGAGAGUGUGUUAUUUUCUCGUUGAUUUAUUAAUUGAUUUAUAAUAAUUAGAGAUGGGUAAAAAUAAAAAAACACGUCGAGUAGUAACUCAACGAUUUGCACAAAUGAAAAAAAUGAUUAGUCUUACUGAUCAAAGAAUAAAGGAAGAUAAACGAAUGACAAAAAAACCAAAAAAAGAGGAUCCAACAGAGUUAAAAGUUAAAGAAGUGCCACAACAAUCAUCUGCACUGUUUUUUCAAUAUAAUACACAGUUAGGACCUCCAUAUCAUAUAUUAAUUGAUACCAAUUUCAUCAACUUUUCAAUAAAAAAUAAACUCGAUAUAAUCCAAAAUAUGAUGGAAUGUCUGUACGCGAAAUGUAUACCCUACAUAACAGACUGUGUAAUGGGUGAAUUAGAGAAACUUGGUCCAAAAUAUAAGAUAGCUUUAAGAAUAAUUAAAGAUCCAAGAUUUGAAAGAUUAAAUUGUGUACAUCGUGGUACUUACGCUGAUGAUUGUCUUGUAAAUCGAGUGACCCAACAUAAAUGUUAUAUAGUUGCAACUAACGAUAAAGAUCUAAAACGAAGGAUCCGUAAAAUUCCAGGAGUACCGAUUAUGUAUGUUGCUCAACAUAGAUAUACUAUUGAAAGAAUGCCUGAUGCUUAUGGUGCUCCAAAAACAUAAGUAAUAAUAAUUAUAUUGUACAUACUAGAAUUAAUACAUUAAAAAUUCUAAUUAC